AGGUGGCUCUUUUGUUUUUGUUUUCUUUCUGCAACUUCGUUUUUAUUCUCAACUACCUGUGUAUAGCAUUUGGGGUUUAAUGAGCGAGAGCCCCCUGCAAUCCAUGACCAAAUGAGCCCGCAACCCGGUCCGCCCACGCUCUACGUGCCCGUCGUGCCGCUCCACGACAAGUACCUUCCAGCCCAGCGCCUGCUCGAGCAGUACCCGGGGCUGCGGUACCGGCGCUUCCUAGAGGCGCCGGUACGUGUUGACGCGCGCGACUCGCACUCUCUACCGCUAGGCCCGCACGGCCGGCCGCUCUGCCGGUGGUGCGGGCUGGAGACAUCCGGCCAGCCCUUCUGCGCAGGCACGCAGUGCCGGCAUGAAUACACGGUCCGACGCGAUGGCCAGUACGUGCGCAAGCAGCUGUACCAGCGCGACCGCGGCAUCUGCGACCAGUGCACAGUCGACACCUUCCAGAUGCUCAAGCAGGCAAACAGCUGCACUGGGCUUGCGCAGCGCCGCAGGCUCGUAAGGCAGUGGAAGUCUGAGCAGAACGCCGAGUGGGGGAACAAGAUGCGCAAGCCGCUGAAUAGCAUGCAGGAGCAGUUCCUGCCCGGCAUGUUCUGGGAGGCCGCGCAUAUUGUCGAUGUGCAGGAGGGCGGCGGGGUCUGCGGCCUGGAGGGGUUCCGCACCCUGUGCGCCCCCUGCCACUUCGAGGAAACCUCUGCUAGGCACCGCGCGCUGCUGAAGAACAUCCAGCACAGAUGCCCCACCUGCGGCGAUCUGCCGCUUGCCCGUCCGCUGCGCGUCAGGGCAAAGUCGUCGCCCAGCCUCUGCGUUGAAUACGCGCGGUACGAGUUUGGCCGCGCCUCCAUCAGCGCCGACCGCCGGCUGCCGGCUGCCUGCAGCAGGUCUGAUCUGACUCCCCGCGAGUCGCCCAAAGAGUCGCCCGCGAAAGCCGCUGCCAGGAUUUCCGACGCUGUCGCCAGAGUUAGUGCAUCGCUUGCAUGCUGCAGGAUAUCUGCAGAGAAACCAAGAGUGCCUGAGCCAGUAUCGCCGGAAUCUGCCUCGCCAGACUCGGCAGCCAAGGGAGACAGCGACGCCUUUGCCACUGACUCCACAACUGCCAGCAGCACCACCAGCACCACCAGCACCAGCAGCGGCACAGCUGCCAAUGGACGCUGAAUCUAGGCAGCCGGUUCCCAACGACAUCGCCGACCUGGUAACAGGCUUCGCUACCAUCCAGCUCGAUCCAUCUGCCACCGCCGCCACUCAGCCCAGGACCAUCCACCGCGCAAUCAAGGAAGAGCGCCCACGCCCCGUGAUCCCCUUCCCCGAUCUCUCCAAGUUCGCCAGCCCGUCAGCCGAACCAGCCGAGCCCCUCCCCAUCUGGACUGCCGCCGAAACCCUAGCCGUCAUCCGCGGCUUCCAGACACUC